CUGAAAACCCCAAAACAAUUAUUAUGAUAUUUUUGAGAUUUUCAAAUGUCAAAAGUACAAAAUUCGUUUAUUAGAGAGACUCGUUUAUUACUAAGCUCGUUCAUGAAAUACUCGUUUAAGAAACGGACCUCUCGGGAACAUAUAGUGUACUAAAUCAGCCGAGCUUGAACAGAUUUUUGAGUUCGCUUGAAAGCUCGGGAUCGUGUUCGUACUCGCUUAAGUUAAUUAAACUUAAACAUGAACAAGAUAGUACUCGAUUCGGCUUGACUUGGCUCGGAUCGUUUACACCCGUACGAGUGAAAUUAGAUAAUGCAAUAUACACAUUAAAAUUUAGAAAUUUAAUCUAAGAUAAAGAUUACAUUUCACUUUCUUGUGCAGUUAAAGUACUUAUUUAGUUUGUUAAUGUUAUUAAUAUAAUCGAACAAAAGUAUCAACUCAAAACUCAAAAGAACCCACCAGGCCACCACUAAUGUAGAUCACACCUACCCUUUUUAGCGUGUCGGUUUUGUAUUUAUUUUCGGUUUUUUAUUUUUCAUUUUUUUUUUCUUGGGCUCCAUGGUACGUGCAAAUUUCUGGGCUGCAAUUAAAUAUUACUUUUAUUUAAUUACAACUUUCUCUCUCCUCAACAAAUACCAAAAGUCAAUUGGAAUUUAUUUUUUUGCGUAAACGUUUUUUUAAUUUGAACAAUAAAUAAACAACAAAAAACAAAAAAAAACAAAAAAAAAAAAACCUCUUAUUCUUCUUUCGCGCGUAUAUAAACCACCCAGUCGAAAAAGCCAACUUCCCCAAAAAGAUUAAAUGCUUUGAAAAAAAAUAACCCCAUCAUCUAGAGAGAGAAAUUAGAGAGAGAAACUCACCAUCAUCAAAACCUGUUGAACAAGAGAAAAAAGUCAUAAUUUAUAUUUAAUUUAAAAGAAAUAUUAUACAUUAUAUAAAUACGAUCACCAAUUCACCAUCCUCGUAUUUCACUUUCUCUCUCUAAAAAAAAUCACACUCUUUCUCUCUCUUCCCUCCCACCAUUCUCCGAUCGGAUUCUGGUGCAACAAUGGAGUCGGAAGGUACCCACUCAGAUCCAAACCCGGAUUGGGAGGCGGGUCAUGGGCCUGAAACCGGGCUUGAAGAACCGAUGUGGCAACUUGGGAUAGAGGAGUCGUCAUCGUACCCGGAACGGCCCGGUGAGCCCGAUUGCAUAUAUUAUCUGAGGACUGGUUUUUGUGGUUAUGCCGAUCGUUGUCGUUUUAAUCAUCCCCGUGAUCGUUCUAUUUCACCGGUGGUACGAAGUGGAAGGGUUAGUGGAGGAGACUUGCCUGAGCGAGCUGGUCAGCCAAUCUGUCAGUAUUUUAUGAGAACUGGGAGUUGCAAAUUUGGCUCUUCUUGUAAGUACCAUCAUCCACGGCAAGGAGCUAGUUCUGUGAAUCCGUUUGCGCUGAACAUUUAUGGAUACCCUUUACGCCCGGGAGAGAAAGAGUGUACUUAUUACAUUAAAACAGGGCAGUGCAAGUUUGGGAUGACAUGCAAAUUUCACCAUCCACCUCCUUCGAAUGUACCGGUACCUACGGCAGCACCUGCCACAGUUCCUCCUGCCCUAGCUUCGCCAACUGUUUACUCUACUCCUGGUCCCACUCCUCAGCAGUAUGGAGUGAUGACCGGCAAUUGGCCUGUUGCUAGGCCCUCUAUGCUGCCAGGCUCAUAUAUCCAAGGACCGUACGGACCAAUGCUGAUCUCUCCUGGGAUAGUUCCCUUUCCUAGUUGGGGACCUUACCCAGGCACUACUCCUAUGACUGCCCCUAAUACCCAAUCAGUGGGAGCUGGCCAAUUUUAUGGUUUAAUGCCAAUGUCACCUUCUGCUUAUACUGGUGUAACUGGUCCUUAUCAAGCUAUAUCGCCUUCUGGUGGUGGAACAAUCAAUAUAUCAAAGGAACAUUCAUAUCCUCAGAGACCCGGGCAACCUGAAUGCCAGCAUUACCUUAAAACAGGGGACUACAAAUUCGGUUCGUCGUGUAAAUAUAAUCAUCCUUCAGAAUGGGUUGUUCCAGAAACCAAUUCUUCCCUUAGCCCCAUGGGACUUCCUCUUCGUCCAGGUACUUCAACUUGUAGUUACUUUGCACAACAUGGAGUAUGCAAGUUUGGUUCAACAUGCAAGUUUGAUCAUCCAAUGGGAAAUCUAAGUUACAGCCCUUCUGCAUCUUCUCUUUCGGAUAUGCCAGUAGCUCCCUAUCCUGUUGGAUCUUCUAUUGGAACUCUUGCUCCAUCAUCCUCAUCCUCAGAUUUGCGAGCUGAAGUACUUUCAGGGUCCAACAAAGAAUCUGCUUCUGCCUUGUCAUCCUCUGUGAGCAUAUCAAGCGGUUCAGGUGGCUCUGUAUUGUCAAAAAGUGGGUCCAUAUCUCACUCUGGUCUCCAGCAGUCUAGUCAGAGCUCUACUACUUCCACUGGGAGUAAAGGAGGUCCUGGUGAUGGAGGUGCUCCAAGCUAAGCACCAAACAGGAAAUGCUCAUUUUCCUCAUUUUUGCUUUUGUAGAUGAAAUUUCAGGAACCAUCAGAAAUAUUCUUUUGAACAAACCCGAGGCAGGAUGUCUAUCUCCUGCCCCUUAUCCACAAUUCACACUUGCACACACAACUGUCCACAUCUGUGUUCAUAGAAUGGCGAUGGCCAUCCUUUUUUCUUUCUUGAAUAAGCCAUCAUGUAGUCCCAUAUUCUCAUAAUAAUAAGGGAAAACAAGAAAUACUCAUCCAUUGAACAAAGUCCUAUCCCCUUCUAUCUUUCUUCUUCCCGAAUAUGAUUAGGACUGGUCCUUGUACGUUGUCAUUCCCUUUUGUACAUGGACCUUGAUUCGCGCCUUUCUUUUGCACUAUCCAAUACAUGGAACAUGCUUCCCAGCCCAGCUUUAGGGCGUGGUAUGAUUGGGAGUUUCUGUUUGUUCCCUCACUUCUUUUGCCUCCUCCGGCAAUUUUGUUGCCAAAAAAAUCAUUUCAGGACCUGAAAGCAGGCACUGCCUUGCUGCCUUCUUAUAAAUAUAUAGAGCAAGAUGUUGUGACAAUUAAUAUAAUGUAAUUGAUAAUUUAUAACGUGAUCCUUAUAUGUGAAGAUGCAAACUUUACUCUCA